AUGGCACAGUGUUUGAUCCGAAUGAGAACGGCAGGAAAGUGUCCGCUGAGGUUUGGAGAGGCGUUUCCCCUUGGCCUCAACUCAGGGGGAGGGCCAGACGGUCUGGUAUACGUUCCCAGCACAUACACGGAAGCAAGUCCAUGUCCGAUUCUCGUGGCGCUGCAUACAGAAGAUGGAGAUGCUAAGGAAGCCCUCGCUCCGUUCGUGCAGUAUGCAGAGCAGCAUCGUCUUCUCUUGGUGGCUCCAGACUCUCGAGAUGUCCUGUGGGAUUGCUCCUUCGAAGGCGCAAAUAUGGAUGCGUCAUUCAUUGAUAAGGCAAUGGAGACUGCAUUCAGUCGCUUCUCGGUAGACCCUGAGAGCGUGUGCCUCUCGGGGGUUUCUGAAGGAGGAACGAUGGCUAUGGCUCUGGGACUGCGAAAUAGUCAGCUGUUUAGUCAUGUCAUGGCGUUCUCGCCUGGAAUGAUAGAGUUGCCGUGCUACCAAGACGGCCCUGACAUCUUCAUAUCACAUGGGACACGUGACCCAGAUCGGGACGUUGAUUUCGUCGCCGUUCUCUCCGCAAAGGCAUCCACGUGUCACACAGAGGCACUGUGCCUGGUCCCCUUUCCUGGUCGUUGUCGAGCCGCAACCAUGGUGAACGUGCCGAAGACGAAGAAGACGUACUGCGGCGGCAAGUGCAAGAAGCACACUACCCAUAAGGUUACCCAGUACAAGAAGGGCAAGGACAGCGUCUACGCUCAAGGAAAGAGGCGUUACGACAGGAAGCAGAGCGGGUAUGGUGGACAGACCAAGCCCGUCUUCCACAAGAAGGCCAAGACGACGAAGAAGAUCGUGCUGAGGCUGCAGUGCCAGUCGUGCAAGCACAUGCACCAGACGCCCAUCAAGCGUUGCAAGCACUUCGAGAUUGGUGGAGACAAGAAGGGCAAGUCCACCUCCCUGUUCUAA